UGAAGUAUGACUUACUCCGGCAAGGUUGUAAUUGUAACCGGCGCUAGUUCCGGUAUUGGUGCUGCUACCGCCGAGCUGUUUGCAAAACAAGAUGCCAACAUUAGGGCCAAAGUGGUGCUGGUCGGACGUAAUGAGGCAAAUCUAACAGCAACUGAGGCGGCAUGCAAGGCAGCGAACAGCAGUGCUGAAUUGCUAAUUAUUAAGGCAGACAUAACGUUGGACGCAGAUCGCAUUAUCAAUACAGCCAUUGAGAAAUUCGGUAAAUUGGAUGUUUUAGUUAAUAAUGCUGGUAUACUAGCUGGGGGAAAUAUACUUGACAUCGAUGUGGAGCAAUUCGAUCAGAUAAUGCAUUUUCAAUAUACUUUUGUUCCCAUUUUAAGUCUAAACGUUGCUCCUUAUUUUCUUAAAACUGAUCCGUAA